AUGGCUGAGAAGCCCUACAAGUGCCUUGAGUGUGGGAAGAGCUUCGGUAGGAGCAGCCAUUGGAUGCGUCACCAACAUGUCCACACUGGUGAAAAACCCUACGUGUGUCCCACAUGCAGGAAGGAGUUUGGGAGUAGCUCAAACCUCACUGCUCACCUGCGGGUCCACACAGGGGAACGUCCUUACAAGUGUUCCCACUGUGGAAAUAGUUUUGCCCAGAUUUCUACGCUCAUCAGACAUAGUCGCAUCCAUACAGGAGAGAAACCCUACAAGUGUCCUGACUGUGGGAAGAAAUUUGCCUGGAGCUCUGGUCUCAUGAGCCAUCAACGCAUCCACAAGGGAGAGAAAUCCUAA